AUGUGCACUGGGCAGUGUUCACGAUGCAUCGGCCUGAUGCUGCUUCCGCUGGCUUUUAUCUGCAUUAUAGCAAAUAUACUGCUCAUGUUCCCCAACGCCGAGAGGGACUGGGUCGAUCAUAUCACCGUGCAGGUCUGGCUGAUGGGAGGAAUUGUCGGAGGUGGACUUUUUAUCCUGUGCCCUAGCUGUGCUGCCAUUCGAGCUGGUGGGAAAGGUUGCUGCGGAGCCGGUUGCUGUGGCAACAGAUGUCGGAUGCUGCGAUCUGUGUUCUCUUCCGCCUUCGGGGUGCUGGGCUCCCUCUACUGCCUGGUUGUGUCUGGAACAGCACUGGGGAAUGGCCCAUUGUGUCUUGCCGAGUCCGGGAAAUGGGAAUACCCCUUCCAGGACUUUCUGAAUGGGACUAACUACCUGAUGAAUCAGACUCUGUGGAAAAUCUGUAGUAAGCCCGACAAUAUCGUGAUGUGGAACGUGGUCCUCUUCUCCAUUUUACUUGCGGCCAGUGUGAUCGAGCUGGUAUUAUGUGGCUUUCAGACCGUUAACGCAGUCAUUGGAGUGUUCUGUGGAGACUGCAGGAAAAACAGGAAAGGGGACAACGUUCAGUAAUGUUCAGAACCAGAGAGAUGCCCAUGUAGAAUUUAGCACACUGUCGUUGAUUCGAGCAACCUGAUAUGUCUUCAUGGUCCCAGCAGUGGGCUUACCCCUUCCCCUACUGUCCUACUUCUACAUUUCAAGGGUAUUGGUUUGUAAUGACUCCAGAAGAUGGUACCCUACUCCCAUGGAAACAAGACUUCUGACAAAGAAUCCAUCUCCAAAUUUACUACAUCUAACCAGAGACUGAAUCACUCAAACUACCUUAGAGUGGAUGUCCCCUCCGCUGCUCCACCUUCUCCUCACUCCUCAUUUCCAUUAUUUUUCUUGCUCAUCCAUUUACUUUUAUCUUCCAGUGUCUCUAAUGUCUCUCUUACCUUUCUCCUGCUCUCUCUACCUCUCUCCCUCUGUCUGUCUCUUUCUUUCUCCCUCUCCUUCUAUCCUGUUAUGUUUUGUAACUUCAAAACAUUAAAUUAAUUCAAAAGAAGACCCAGGAGUCCAAACUGUGAGUCUAACCUUGAGUUUACUUUAAGCGAGGCAUGCACAUAUCACAUGGUAGAGUGAUGUUGUCUGCAAUUUGAGUAUCUGUACAUAUAACCUGCAAUCAAUUAUUUAAAUGAAUGAGAAUGCUUAAACAAACAAUAUAUAUAUAGAAUUACUUAAAUACUACAUCAAAUACACACAUCUCUCUCUCCCUCUCCCCCCCUGCCCCCUCUCCCCUCCCUCCCACAGACUCACUCUCUCACUCUCUCUCGGCAUCCAUGUUGAGUACAAAUGUUAUGAAGAUUACGUUCUAAUAGCAGCAACAGCACAGUACAUUAAAACAUAAGUUAACACAAACUUAAAUGGGUGUAAAUUAUGCAUAACUUAUGUAACCAAAGCAAGCAAAAUAAAAUGACAAGGGUGGAAGUGUCGACUGUACUUUCCUGUACUUUUUUCCAUUGAUGCUGCCUGGCCUGCCAAGUUCCUACAGCACUUUGUGUGUGCUGGGCCAAAUUGCUCCAACAUUUUGUGUAUGCGGCUUACACGUGGACUUUUUCAGAUCUGGAACACAAGCCCUGUCAGCAUACUGAAGACAGAGUAUCUCACAACACUUAAAACCAUAAAUCUAUAAGAUAAAGGAGCAGAAUUAGGCCAUUUGGCAUAUUAUGUCUGCUCUGUCAUUUCAUUAUGGCUGAUCCAUUUCCCUCUCAACCUUCCCCCCAUAAUAUUUCAUGUUUGCUGUCAACCUCUGCCUUAAAUAUUGUUAGGACUGUGGUCUAUUCUGGGGUUGGCUAGCAGGGGCAGACAUAGUUCCCUAAGAGUAUUUUUUUUAAGAACUUAUUGGACUCUCUUGUAUUGAUCAUUAACUACAGAAAUUCCCAAUUAAAGUUAAUGUGUUUGAACCCUGUACCUUAUUUUGUUCAGUCUUAAAGAGUGAUCUUGUAAGGGCGUGAGUGUUAAUAUUUUCUGUGUUUUGUUGAUGUCUACUUGCUGCCCUGUCAUUUUGGGACUUUAUUUGUGCAUCAAGAUCUUGGAUUACUGGAUUUGUGUUUCAAUUAUUGCUCUUUUGAGUUGGACUGGUUGCCUGGCUUUC